UCUGGGUGGAGCUUCUGUGCGCCUUCUUGAACCCGCCCAUAGAAAGGCGCCUCAAGCGUGUUUACGCCGCUGCAGCUCGCUAAGCGCUUAGCGUCGUUGAGGCUUUCUCUGCACUCCCUUCAGUGGCUACUUCCUUUCAAGGCCCGGCAAGCUGGUGUAGUGAUGUUGGCCACUAGGCUAACAAGCUGCAGGCUACCCUUCUCGUUGUUGUCGUUCCGGGUGCUGAGGGGAAUCCCGGCAGGCCACGCUGGGUUUCAUUGCUCGGCGCAGCGCCUCCACGGGGCCAAAGUCGCUGUGGUCUUAUCUGGAUGUGGUGUUUAUGAUGGUACUGAAAUCCACGAAGCCUCAGCGAUAUUGGUCCAUUUGAGCCGUGGAGGAGCCAGUGUUCACAUGUAUGCCCCAGAUAUUUCUCAGAUGCACGUUAUUGACCAUAGCAAAGGACAGCCAGUUGAGGGGGAAUUAAGAAAUGUCUUAGCAGAAUCUGCAAGGAUUGCUCGUGGUAAGAUUGUAGACUUGGCUCAACUUACUGCAAAUGAUCAUGAUGCUGUGAUAUUUCCUGGAGGGUUUGGAGCUGCCAAAAAUUUAUCUAGCUUUGCUGUGGAUGGGAAAGACUGUAAAGUGAAUGGAGAAGUUGAACGUGUGCUAAAGGAUUUCCACAAAGCAGGGAAACCCAUUGGUCUGUGCUGUAUUUCACCAAUCUUGGCUGCAAAGGUUCUUCCUGGUAUUGAAGUCACUAUGGGACAUGAAGAGGAGCAAGGUGGUAAGUGGCCUUAUGCUGGAACUGCCGGGGCCAUUAAAGCACUGGGAGGAAAACACCAUGUUAGAGAAGUAACAGAAGCUCAUGUGGACACAAACCACAAGGUGGUAACUACCCCAGCCUUUAUGUGUGAAACAGAAUUGCAUCACAUCUUCGAUGGUAUUGGGGCUAUGGUGAAAAAUGUGUUGAAGCUGACAGGCAAAUGAAGUGGAUGUCCUUAAUACCAGUAAAAACAGCUUUUGGGAAACACAGUCCUUGCAACACUAACAUAGCAUAAGCUUUGCUUCUGAUUGCAUUGGAAUGACUUGUUAAUUUCCAGGAACUGCUUAGGCCUGUUGAAUCAUGAUCCUCUACAUAUUUCAAUAACAGUCUUGUAAUCUUCAUAUAGCACAUUUGACAAGUUAUUUAUUCUGGAGAUGUUUGCUAUUCAACAAAUCUGAAUUAAUAAUUGUGCAAUAAAAAUGAUAACAUGAUAACCUCUACAAA